UGAUGAUAAGAUGUGUCAAACUAGAAUAGCUGAGUUAGAGAAAAGACUUCUGGAGAAACAGCAAGCGGUUGAAAGACUCACUAUGCAGAUGGAUAAACUGCAGGAACAACUUAGCCAGCACAGAGACUCUAUACAGCUUCAGGUAUGUUUCAUAAUAAUGGGGAUAGUACUACUUGAAAUCUAAGAAUAUAUAGGAGACAAGACCCAAAGUAAGUAUUGCUUUUAUUGAAAAGUAUUUCACCUUACUAACAUGCUACCAAAAUCAAUACUUAUGUCUUCUCUUUACCGGUUAGUGCAAUUGUUGUUCAGGCCUUCAUAUUGCUUGAACCAAAUGUUAGUGAAGUUAAAUGGAAAUAGUUUUAUUUUGAGAGAUUUUUAUUGAAGUGUUUAGGUAAAUUCUUCUGCACAGAAAAGGCUGGAGACUUACUUUUUUUUCCAUUAUUUUUUAAUUAAACUUAGUCUUGGUAUACUGAGGAGUGGACCUUUACAGGAAAAAAAAAACAAAAAAACAAAAAAACAACCUAUAAGAACCAGUUAAGAAAGUAGUCUUAAUCAUGCACUGAGUUAGAGCUUGAUUUAAAAGAAUAGAGCUUGUAUUUUUAUAAAUAGUGAUGUUAAAAAUACAUGCAUCAAGGUCAAACUGAAAAUGGUAGGGAAGAAAAACAAAACAAAACCUAACAUACUCUUCAAGCAUUGAAAAGGAAGAACUUACUGACAUCACAGUGUUUCUAUGGAUAUACCUGGGUACCACACAGUAAAUUCAGCUUGUCUCCUGAAUUGUAUUGCAGAAUCAUUAAGGUUUGAAAAUUUCUCUAAGAUCAUCUAGUCUAGCCAUCCAUGUAUCACUAAUAUUGCCCACUAAAUCAUGUUCUUAAGUACUACAUCUGCCCUUUCUUUAAACACCUCCAAGGACAGUGAUUCUACUGUUUCCCUGAGCAACCUGUUCCAGUACCUAGCCACUCUUUCUGAGAAUAAAUUCUUCCUGAACAUUCACAUGGUGUGGCAGACUUCCUUCUCACUCCAAAAUGAUGGAGAUCAUUUACACUUGUUUUUUAUGUGCAUUUUUUUAGGGGUAUUUUUUUUGGUGUGGACGUAUGAUUAAGUAGGAUACAGUAAACAUUAUUAAACUUGCAUAUACCUUUCCCUCAACAAAAAUAUUUAAAAAGAUAUUUUAAAUUUCCCUUCUCCAGCAUUUCUGUGUAAAGGUAAAUGAUCAAGUGCAUCCAAAGAAUAAUUGCUUCCUACUUUGCAUGUUCUUUGUUUCCAAGUCCUAAUAGAAGAUGUUUCCUGUUGGAAAUAACUGUUCAAGAGCAGAAUGGAGUCAUAAGGAAACUAACAAGCUGCCUUCGACAAACAAGAAAGGAUUGGGAUGAUUUGCAGGAAGAGGCUUCAUGUGUAGCUGAUCAGAUCCAUGGUUUACAACUUCAGUUAUAUCAGGUUAAUGAGAUGCUGAAGAGUAAAAACUCUGGGAAGAAAGAGGUAUUAGAAGCCCAGCAGCAAAUGUCCUUGUUUCAGAACAGUCUCCAGGAGCAAAAUGCAUGUUUGGAGAUGCUGCAUCAGAGAGCACAUGACCUGGGGGUACAGCUUGAGUAUUCUCAAAAGGUACAUGAACGAGAGCAUGACCGUGAAAUCUCUGAACUGAUUACUAAACAUAAAGAGGAGAUGGAGAAGCUCCGUGUUGAACUUAAUAAAGAGAAGCUACACCUGUUGCAUGAACUUCAGCAGCAAAUGGCAGCCACACACAAAGCAGAGAUUGAACGUACCCAGCUCCAAUCAAAGACACUUCACAGCCUUGAAUUGGAAGCAUUACGCCUAAGCUUAAAUAAUUUGCACACCUCUCGGCUUGAGCUUACUCAGUCUAACUUGAGAAAAGAAAAGGAAACUGCACUUGUGGAGCUACGGGAGAUGCUCAAUGAUAAGCGUGCUCAGGAGGUAGCAAUUCUGCAAAGCCGUCAUCAGCUAGAGUGCGAGAAAAUUAAAGAACAUUGUUUGAAGGAGAAAGAAGACCUAACAUCAAAGUAUCGGCAAGAAUUAGUUGAUCAAAGAAAGAAAACAGAAUUGGAAAUGGAAGAGAAACAUAUCCAGAUGUUAGAGACUCUUAGAAGAGACUGGGAAUUGGAGUCUGAGAUGCAUUUAAAAUACACGUGUGAGGAGCUGUCUAAAAAGCAUCAGGCUGAAAUAGCAGAGCUGCAGAAAACUUUGGAAGUGGAAUUAGAAAAAGUCAAAGCAGAGCUGGGACUUCUUUCUCUUGAGAAGGAACAAUCUGAAAUGAAAUGUAUAGAUUUGGAGAAACAACACCAGUUAGCAAUCACAACAUUAACUAAACAACUGCAGUCUGAUCAUAACCAACUCCUAGAAGAUAUGAAGAUAGAAAGCCAAGAAAAAGAACAGAAUCUACAGAAGGAGCUGGAAAAACUUCAGUUUAUGCAUGAAGAAUUCAAGGCUCGAUCUCAAGUAGAAGUCAAGUACCUUUGGUCUCAACUUGGCUGUACCCGAGCAAAUCGGCAGGAGUUAAGUGAUGGUGAGUCAAUCUGGUUGAGGAUGGAAGCUUAUGUUCCAGAGCUAAAAGAGCAUCUCAUGGCUCGUGCAUCACAGGUGGAAGAAAUAGAGCAUUUAAAGCAAAAAUUUGAAGAGCAGCAUCAGCAAACAAAAAGUGAGCAUGAGACUGAAUUAGAACAACUGAGAAUCUACUUUGAAAGAAAGUUAAGAGUCACUGAGGAAAACUACAGAGAAGAAUUGACUUUGCUGCAUCAGAGACUGCAAGAACUGAAAGAAUAUUCAGUUUCUGAGGUGGAUGUGAGCCAUGAUCAAGCAGGGAAUAUCAGUUCUUCUGCCACAGUUUUUGGAGAGACUGUUGAGAAAGAGAGAAAAGACUUUUUCCUUGAUCAACUGAAUCAGCAGCUGGAGCAACAUAAGGAAGAAAUUGCCUGUUUGCAAGUACAACUUAAAGAAGAUCACAGACAUGAACUAGAUUCCUUAAAGUCUUCCCUUGCACUUCAGUAUAAAGGAGACCUACUGAAAAUGAAGAUGGACCUCUCAGACAAGUAUGUAGCAGAAUUAGAGGAAAUGAAAAGAAAGCAUUGUUUAGAACUUGAGCAGCUCCGUGCUAGACUUUCAGAAGAACAUAUCAAAGAAAUCACUAAAUUGCGCCUGCAGUGUGCUCAAGAUGCAGCACGUCAAGUUGAAAUGGAGGUGGCCAUGCGAGUAUCUGUGCUAGAGGAAGAACACAAAGUUAAGCUCUCUCUCCUCCAUUCUGAGGAACAGCAUAUUGCAGAGCUUUCAGAGGAAAUAAAGUGUUUAAAGGAAGAGAUAAGUAAACAAAAAGACUUUUUUGUGCAGAAUGAAAAGCAUCUGAAAGAGCAAAUGGAACAGGUAAAAUUUAAAAUUGCUGAGGAUCACAAGAAUGAAUUAAAGGAAGCUAGGGAAGAAGUCCAGAAAAUAGAGACUAUGUACAAAGAAAAAGAGAAGAAAUGGAAAUGUGAAAGUGAGGACCAGAGAAUCCAAGCAGAAGAGAAAUUAUCGUUGUUGCACUCAGAAUUGCAAAGUAGGUUGGAACAUGAGAAGCGGAAUUUACAAAAGGAGUUUGAACUUCGUGAAACUCAAAUGAAUCAGCUCCAAGACCACCAGGCUGCCAAAAUUGUAGAAUUAGAGAAGUUGGUAAAAGAGCAGCAAAACAACUUGCAACAACUAGAGGACAGCCUUGCAGUUGCACAGGCUACACAGAAGUCUCAAGAACAAUAUGACAGUGACCUGCAGGCAGCCAAAGUGCUUAUGGCAAAAGAAAUGGAAAAGGCCAAGCUUUGCCUGCAGGAAGAGUGUGCACUGAAACUUAUGGAAGCACAAAACAAGUUUAUGGAGGAACGCAAAGCUAUGACUCAGAAGUUCACAACUGAGCAGGAGAUUCUUCUCCAAGAGCUGAAGAAGAAACAUGUUGAUGAGCUAGAACUCCAAAGUCAGCAGCUACAGGAGAAUCAUAAGCAGAAAAUUUUAUCUCUGACAACUGAAUUUCAGAGAAAGCACCAAACUGAAAUUAAGAUACUUCAAUCAACACUAGAAAGUAAACAGCAAGUUCAGCUUGAAGCUUUUGUUGCUGAACUUCAGACAAAGCAUCAAGCACAAAUUGAUGAGCUGGAGGCUAAACACUUAUCAAACCUGGAUUCCUUGGAGUCAUCCUACCUAUCUGAAAUUCAGAAUAUAAGAGAUGAACAUAGGAAGGUUCUUGAGAAGCUACAGCUGCAUCACACAGAGCAGCUCCAUGAAAAGGAUAAAAUGAAUCAAGCAUGCCUGGCUCAGGAGAUAGAGAUACUGAAAUUAAAGCAUGCUGAGGAACUUCAGCUAGCACAAAAUAAUUUGAAAAUUGAGCUAGCUACUGUGCAUAUGGAAAAACUUAAAAUUAUGGCUGUAGAAGCAGAAGAAGCUCAUAGGGAUGAUUUGAAAGCAGCUUUGCAAAAUCAGAGAAGUUUGCUGGAAGAAGAAAAGCAUCUCGCCUUGGAUAUUUUACGUGAGGAAGUAGUGCAUAUGGAGGAAAAACAUAGAAAAGCACUGCAAGAACUUCAGGAUCUUCAUGAGGCAGAAAUUAAGAAGCAUAAGGAAGAAUAUUCUAGAGAGCUGGAAGAGGAAUUGGAGAAACUAAAAGCACAGCAUGAACAUGAGCAAGAGAUGUAUGCUUCUGCAUCAGCCUCUGAAGUUGAAACUGUGAGGACAGCUCUUCUGUCUCAGUUUGAGGCAGUAAAAAUGAAGCAGCAGCUUCAGUUCCAGGAAGAGAUUGAGCUGUUGAAGUGUCAGUCAGAAGUACUCCUUGAACAGCAAAUUGCACAGCUGAAGGAUGAAUUUGAAGCUGAAAAAACAGCAUUAAUACAUGACCACGAGCAGGUGUUAAUUCAGGAGAGGGAAAAGGCACAGGCUGCUUGCCAAAAGGAGAAGGAGGCACUAUCAGCACAGCUACAGGAAAAAGCAGAAAGAAUUAUCCAGCUGGAAAAGAGAGUAGAAUCUGUAAAUCAUGAAAUACAGGAGACCAACUGUGAACUGGAGACACUCAUAGAGCGACGGGACAGAGAGAACCAAGAAGGAGGGAAUUUGGUAGCCAUGCUGAGAUCUGAUAUUGAGCAGUCCAGAGAUGAAAGGAAGAAAAUGCAGGACUCCUAUCAGCGUCUUUUGAAAUGGCUUAUGGAGCUGGUGAAGGCCACAAUUGCUGUUGAGGAUCUUAUCUGUAGCAAGAUUGGCCUUUGCCUUGAUAACAGUAUGACUUCUGCAGAUUCUAUGGAAAGUCACAGUAUUAUGGAAGAAAUAGGAUUCACACAAUACUUCAAAGCUAAAGAGAAGUGUCACCUAGAGAAAAUAGAUGAACUGCUUGAUGAAACUCUCACAGAACACAGUCAGCUGUCCCCAGCAACUGAAGAGCAGUAUGAGUUGAGCCAAUACUUAUAUGAAAGUGUUUUUGCAAAGCCAGAAAUGGCAUAUGAAAAUGAAGAAAUGAUACUGAGAAUUGGUCAUCGUUUGCGCACUGCGGUGGAAAGACUUCUGGAGCUGGUUACACAAUCAACCAAGCAACUGGAAAAAACACAUGAAAUCCAUGCACAAUUUGAAAAAUUCACGCGCCAAAAUCAGGAGACUGCUCAGGUGGUUACUCAACAUCAAGAACUAAUGGAAUGCCUCACUGAGGAAAGUGAGGCCAAGAAUCAGCUAGCACUAGAGCUUCAUAAAGCAGAAGGCAUUAUUGAAGGCUAUGUUGCCGAAAAAGCUGCACUGGAGGAGGCCUUGAAUCUGAAAGAAGAAUCUGAGCGUCGCCUUGUCGUGGAGCUGGAGAAUAUGCGUGAACGCUUCCAGGAACUAACACAGGAGCAGGCAAUUCUUGCCUUAUCCUGUCAAAACAUGAAACACACUGUCAGUAAUGGGGAAUGGAAAGAUUUGAGUGAUCAAGCUCGAAGUUCAGGUCUACUCAAGGAAGUAGAACUUUUAGCAAAGGAGAAAUUAGAACUUGAGUGUCAGGCAGAAAAGGACCAUUCCAACUUAUGCUCUCAAAUAAAAGUUCUGGAGAUGGAACUGGAAGAACAGCUGCAUAGUAAUCAAGACCUGAGUAAGCAAUUGCUGGAGGCUGCUGAGUUAAAGCAGCAAGUUGAAGUCCUUGAAAAACAGCUUAAAAACCAGCGGCAAUUCAUGGAUGAACAAGCUAUAGAAAGAGAACAUGAACGUGAUGAUUUUCAGCAAGAAAUUAAAAAGCUGGAAGAACAGUUAAAACUUGCAGCUAAAUUACAGACUUCGGGAGAGCCCAGGGAGUACGGGAACUAUGACAUGAUUCUACAGGUAGAAUCUUUACAAGCAGAAGUAAAAGAGAAGAUGGAUGACUACAAUAAGCUAUUAUUAGAAAAGGAACAAAAACAUCAAGCAAUUACAGCUCGUGAUAAAGAGAUUGAAAAACUGAUGGCACAAGUGCAAGAACUGGAACACAGCAGUACUGAAGUCUCAAAGACCGUAAACCACUUGGAACAACAACUACAAAAAAUGAAGAAAGCAGAAACUGAAUUAAAACAGGAUAAGGAAGCAUUGCAACAGCAGCAGUACAACAAUUUGAUUCAGAUCUCUGCCCUGCAAUCUAAAUUGGAUGAAGUGAGGCAUGGAGUACCUGUGGAAGGCACUUCUGACCAAGGGCUGAAGGGACAGUUACAGGCAGAACAGGAAGCACUUGAGAGGAAAGAAGGAGAGGUUGCAAGCUUGUUAGACCACCUAGAACAAUAUAAAGAUAAAUUGACCAGUAAAAAUGAGGAGAUAUCACAGCUGAAACUGCAGCUAGAGGUGCAAAAAAAUCUUAGCGCUUUCACCAUCAACCAGCUUCAGAUAGAGAAUGCACAAUUGAAGGAUCUAACAAAACUUAAUAUAAAGCAAAAUCAGGACUUGAAUGUUAGUGAUUCCUCAGCUCUGUCCUUCCUGCAAGCACUACUUAAAGAAAAGAAUCAAGAAAUAGAUCACCUGAAUGAACAGCUGAGAAGACUAAAGUAUGAGCUUGUGAACACCCUGGAGAAUAAACCUUAUCCUUUUGCUCAGGUUGUGGAAGACCAAAAAUCUGAAAUUGAAGAACUCAAGUCUCUUAUUGAGCACCUUCGUGGGGACCAGGAACGGCUGUGUAAGGACAAAGCUGAAGAGGUAGAGCAACUUCACGGAGUAAUUGAGAAGCUUCAAAAAGAGUUGGCACAAUUUGGACCAGUAUGUCAUGAAGUUAGUGACAACCAAGGUGAUAUUUUUCAAUUUGGAUUGGAAAAGUCAGUGGAAAACCUUCAGAAUGAGUUGAAGAAGGGACUGAUAGAUUGUCAGGGUGAUACUGAUCUAAACGGGAGAAAUGCAUUUCUACUCUCCAAGGUGAGGGAACUUGAGGAAGAGCUAGAGUUUGCCUCAGCUGCUAGAAAAGACCUGCAGCAGCAGCUGGAAGAGAAAGAAUCACAGUUCAAAAUGGAAGUGGAAAUUUUAGAGAAAAAAUGCCAAAACUUACAAGAGUCAUCAAGGCAGCACUUUGCAGAGCUAACCUCUCUGAGAUUACAGCACAAAGCACUUCAGGAAGAGUACAGCAUUCUCCAAACACAUAUUUCUCAGAGAGAAUCUGAAGCAAGGAUUGCUGCUUCUUGUGUUCAAGAACUUGAAGGUAGUGUGAAAAAGAGGGAAGCAUGUAUUCUGGGAAAAGAUAAGCAGGUAAAGACAAUGGCAAAUCAAAGAGAAGCUGAUGAAGGUGAAUUGGAGUACUUAACAAAACAGGCAUCAGAGCUUGAAACUGAGUUGAAAAAGAGAGCUGCAAGUCAGGCUCAAGAUGUUCACAGUCUUGAGUUAGAAGUUUCUAGACUUGAUUUUCAUGUGCAAACAGUGAAUCAGAAAAAAGCAUCUAAUCAGAGAGAAAUUGCUGAAUUGCGAGGUAACUUGAAAAAAUUGAAAGAUCAAAUCAAGAUGUACACAAAAGAGCUUGAAGCCUUAUGUUUGGAAAGAGAUGAGCUUAUUUCACAGUUGGAAUUGUGCAAGCCUAAGGAGCAAUAUGAUAAGGAGGAGGAUAACUUUCUUGAGCUGUUCUGCCAGGGAGAAAGAAAAGGCGAAGUCCUUAAGAAAGGAAUGGAGGAAUUGGAAGCACUGGAAACACAUGUUGAUCAGUCAUUUGCUUCCCCAACUGAAAAUCUGGAAAAAGAUGCUUUGUUUGACUUUACUGCUCAUAAUACAAAUAAAAAAUCUCAGAUUAAGCAAUCAGAAGAAAAUAUCUCAAUUCAGAAAUUGGACAUGAUCAACAGCUCUGAAGAACAGCAAACUUUGAAAAAGCAUCACCAUCAAACUCCUGAUUCUCCAAAAAUCAGUGUGAAUGCAGGCUGUACUGAAGGUCCUCUUAAAAACUUCCAGGAUUUCAUUGUGGAUGUGACGUCAUGGGGUUCACCUGAGAUUAUGAGAAAGCAAGAUAUAAGCAUGGAACUUCAGCCAAUGCUUAAUCUGACACCCUUUUCAGAAGUUGAAAGUACAAGUCUUGAAAUGGUGCACACUAGGUCAUCCCUGCAGGGUGGUAAUUCUGUUUUGAUGGGAUUUUCUUACUUUUAUGAAAAUGGCAGUGAGGAAGCAGCAGAGAGAGCAGAUGUAAAAUCUCCAAUUUUCUCUGAAAGUACCUACUCUGCUGAUGAUGAUGACCAAGAUAUGGGGAAGAAGAUUUUGGAUGACGUAAGAUUGGGAGCAUCCGCCAUAGAUGUGAUGAGCAAUGGAUGUGACAGCAGUACCAGAUCAAAUUUGGCAGCUAAACUGAAGGAGGAGCUACGAACAUCAGACCACUUGGAUGCUAAUUUCAUGGCUUAUCUGCAGUACUGUGGCAUGUUUCCAGAUAAUAUGGAAUCAGUGAGAGAAACGGAAAUACUUCCACCACAACUAAAGACUGUGCUGAAGUUGGUGUAUGAGGAGAGCCACAAGAUAUUGGCUUUGUCAGAACAUUCCUUUGGUUUUAGGGAGCUGAAAAAUGUUCAUCAGACCAGAGCAAUGAUGGAGGGAUGGCAAAAAGAGGGCUUAGCCUUACUGAAUGCUAUACAGUCACUGAAAGAUUAUCUUAGCAAGGUGGCAGAUAGAGGAGAUAAGGAGGAACAUAGGCAGAUGGUUAUGGAGAACCUUUUCUCUUCAGACCGGAACAGCUUGCUCUCUGAGAUACAGGAGCUUCGAGCUCAACUACGCAUGACGCAUCUUCAGAACCAGGAGAAGCUACAACAGUUGCAGGAAACUCUUACCAACGUAGAAGAUCAUGGAAGCAAACAAGAACACCAGCUUCGAAGGAAAGUUGAAUUAUUAGAAUAUAAGCUUCAGCAGGAAAAAUGCAUUGUAAGUGACCUGCAUAGCACACUGUCUGAGGAGCAGAAGAGAGCCUCUGAAACAUGCGAACUCUUGAGUCAAGAAAAAGCAGCAGUAUCAACCCUGAAGUCAGAUCUAUAUGAAUGUAAUCAAGAGAAUGAAAGGCUGCAAAAAUCCCUAGAAGAGCAUCAAAGAGAAAUAAACAAGCUCCGUUUUGAAUUGGAAAGUAAAGAGAAGAGUUUGACAGCUACUCUGCAAGAGUUGCAGACUGAACGUCUGACAGAAACAGAGCUGCGAGUUUUGCUUGAGGAACAACAGCUUCAGUAUAAGAAAGCAGACGAUGAAAAGAAAAAGGCCUUGGAGGAUUUACAGGCUGCCUUGGAAUUGCAGACGGUGCAGAAUAGCAAGCUGUCUGUAUCCUUAGAGCAUGAACAAAUAAUAAAUGAUAAUCUUCGCAAGGAACUUCGGAUAGAAUAUUCCCGCUGUGAAGCAUUAUUGUCUCAAGAACAUAACAAGGUGUUGGAACUACAGAAAAACUUGGAUGCUGAGAGAAAUCAUUCAUUGGAGCUCUUGAAUUCUUUGACUCAUGAACGUGUUUUGACAGAACAGUUGAGCAUGCAAGCUAAGGAGGAUGCUUCUUGUCUGCGCAGGGAGUUGUUGCUGGAACAGGCCUUUAUCCAAGAGCUCCAAGCCCAGCUGAAAGAAGAGAGAUCCCAAAAGACAGAGCUAGCUGCUAUUAUUGAGAAAACACACCAGAAGGCAUUUUGUUCCAAAAGGCAUCUGGAGGCUGAAGUACAGAUGUGCUGUGUAGAAACACAGAUGGAGAAAGAGAUCAUUAACAAACUCCGAGUGACACUGGAGUCUCUUCAGAGUCAAAAGCAAGAGCCAAACUUGGAACUGCAAUGCCAGAGGGAUGAACAAAGAAUUAACGAGAUGCAGGAAAUCCUGGCAGUCUUAGAGGAAACAGAAAGAAGUCUUCCAUCUCCAAGCAGUCAACGAGAACAGUUGUGUACUUUAAACAAAGAUCAAAAUGUCAAACAGCCGAUGACAAAAGAAACUGAAAAAUCCAACUUGCAGCAGCAACAGCUGAAGAAGAUAAGACAACAGUUGUUUUUUGUAGCUGCACAUCUCAUUGAGUUAAUGUGUAAAACUGUAGAUGAAACAGUUAGUGACUGGUAUGUAUCAAAUGAUGAAGCUGUAGCAUCUUUACUGCAGACAUUAAAGGAACUAAAAUCAGAUUUAUUGUCUCCUCCUGCAUCUCAGAUCACAUCUACAGGUGAUACCAACCCUGCUCAAGAACUGGAAAGAGCUGCUUGGCAGCGAGAGAGAAGCAUUCUGCAGAAUGCACUGAAACAGGCAGAAUCCGAACUGGCUAAAGCAACUGCUGAAACUGAAAACAAACCAGUGGUAGAAACAUUCAAUCCUAAGUUACAGAGAUUAUAUAGGAAGUACCUAAGAGCAGAGAGCUUUAGAAAGGCUCUAGUUUAUCAGAAGAAAUACCUCUUGCUGCUUCUCGGUGGAUUUCAAGACUGUGAACAAGCAACUCUCUCUCUAAUAGCACGCAUGGGAAUCUACCCCUCACCUGCAGACCUGCAACUUUCUGCCUCCCGCUCCUGGCCUUUUACCAAGUUCAGAUGCGCAGUCAGGGUGGUCAUUGCUGUAUCAAGGUUGAAGUUUUUGGCGAAAAAGUGGAACAAAGUUAACAGAAAAAAUGCACAGAGUGAAACCAUUUCUCAAAAUGUAGGAAGUAAUACAGCCGCUGGCGCCAGAACAGAAAGUCUGAAACAGCAGCAGCUCCCAGCUGUUCAUAUAAGCUCUCCCCCAACCUGGGACACUGGCCUGUGCCACAGAACCAGCUCUGCAAGAUCUGUGAGCUGCUGCCCCAGAUCCUCUCACCGGUCACACAACAGAUUGCCUCCAUCCACUUCAGAAAAGUCCCUUGUGCCUACUCAGGAUCCUGAACGAUCGCUUAUAGAAUACAUCCAUCGCUUGGAGAUUAUCCAGCAAAGACUGAGAGGGAUUCAGCCAGGACAAGUUCCAGGCCCGCUUUGCAAGAGAAACAUGAAAAAAUGAUCAGAAUGCUUCUGAAAUCUGUGCUGCAAAACCGCCAAGUUAUUGGGUCCUUCUGAGUUAUUCCCUGGUGAAUGGAGGCACUUAUCAUCUCCUGUGCAACUAAAUAAAGGGCAGUGCUUUUGCAUCAGAUUUUUAUGACUUCUUAUUAUAUUUUAGUACUAUAAGAGGAAGUUACUUUUCACUAAGAACAAUGUUUUACAUUCUCAUACAGAAUCACUAGUACGUUAACAGCUGAAGUGUGCCUAUAUCACUGUAUUGUCAGUUGCAAAGAGUCUCUUUGGUGUUUAUUUUUCCAUAGUGUAUAGGUGGAUUCCUUGUAAAAAAAGUUGUUAAAAUCACAUUUUAUUAGUGAGUUCUUACAGCAUAUAGUUAUUUGUUUUCACCUUACAAUUUUUUUUUUGCUGUUCUGAUAAUCUGGGUUUUAAUAUUUCUGUAAGAUUGUUAACUAAUAGAACAGCUAAAAACUCUCCCAAAUCAUCUUUAAGACACAUUGCCUUUUGGGAUGUCACGAUUUGCUUUUUUGUCUUUGCAAUAAAUAAGACUUAUUUCCCUUAGUCUUCCUCAUCACAUUCCAGUUCAGUGUCAAGCCACUCCUUGGAUUCUUCUGUGACUGAGCUUGAUCUAAUACAAAUUUUAAAAAAAGAAAAAAAAAGCUAACUUUUCUGGCAAUUACUAAUCUUGUUUAUAUCCCUAAAAUCGACAGCUAUGGUGACACUCCCACAUGGAAACUCUGACAUGUUGGCUCUUUAGGACAUGCUUCUAGCUGUGUUGACUGGAGCCUGCCAUGAGAAAGUGCUGUCCCUGACAAGUCAGUGUAUUUUUGUCGUUUAUGAGUUGGAGCAUCCAGCGCUGUAUUCUGGGGUCACAGGAACACAGCCAGCAGGGCAGGAUAGUGCAGUUCAUGCUCACACCUACAUCCCUGUGAGGCAAAGCUGCCCUUGGGCAAUGUGACUUGCUGAUGAGCGCUGAUGGGUGUCAUUCUGCAUCUGGGUGCCAUAUCCCACAGCUCUGCCAUGGGUGAAGCCUUUAGGUGCCUCCCUUGCCGCUGCAGGCUGCCUGCUCCAGAGGCACCUGUGCAUGAACAAACAAUACCUGAUUUGGUAUAAAAUCUUGCAAUAGUAAGGUGGCUUGUGAAUAGUUCUAAUCCCAUGUGAAUUGACCAAGAAAGUUUAUACGGAUCCAUGAGCAUGGCAGGUUCGUUUUAUUCUGGAUCUGGAGCCUUUAUGCAGAUCUGGCAAUCUGUCAAACUGUGCACUGAAUGUUAAUGGUGUCCUUAAUGCAGCAUCAGGUUGUCUUCUGCUGUAAACAGUGUGUGUAUCCAGACAAGCAUUCACAGCUGACACUGAAUAAAAUCCAUAAUUUCA